CCACUGUUGUGUCAUUGCAUCCAGGUGUACUCCUCAAUUCUUGUCUCCUUCGUGAGAAUCAUCAAGCUUUGUGGUUGAGUCUCAUUUUACACGUGGCUACCCCUUGACUCAGAUCUCGAUUUUGACUGAUCGAUAUUCGGCGUGGGCCACUCCUCUCUGCUGUUUUACACUCGAAAUUGUUGGUGACAGGGCUAAACUCGACUCGAGCUAAGAUGGAGACACAUCAAAGGAGAGGAAGAACUCAUACAAGUUUAUCCUCACUCAUCACCCUUAUCACCAUCGCUUCCCCUCUAGCAUCAGCGGCACCCUCUCUUACCGACGAUUCAAAAUGCGAGUGUUAUCUAACAAACGGUACACAAGCUUCCUUCUUCGCCACCCACAGGUUUCUAGAUUUCCGAAACCUUGCUAAGCACGCCGGCGUUCCGCCCACCAUCGCCAAACCCAACGACAGCGGAAGUGCGCCGGUAACCAGCGAAUACUUCACCUCCAAAGAAUGGACUGAGACCUUCUGGGUGCAAAGCUGGAACAACAGCCACCAAACCCGCGAGGACGCCACCGUGCUCAUGGUCAACUCGCCAAACAACGUCUACAUCGAAGCCAACGGCGACCGCAACCCGUCCUCGCAGACCUGGCUCACCCUGCGCACCCAACGUCUCAAGGACUUCCAAACCGCCUCCGAAAUCGAGUCCGUCGCGCCCGGCUUCCAGUACCUCUCGGUCCGCAUGCUCGCCCGCACCGUCGGAUCUCCGGGAGCCAUCACCGCCUUAUUCACCUACCGCGGCUCCGACCGCCUCGCGGACGUGCAGGAGUCCGAUCUCGAAGUGCGCACCAUGGACCCGCGCAACACGAUCCAGUACACCAACCAGCCGUCCUACACGGAGGACGGCGACGAGAUCGACCACGCCACUAAGAACGUCACGAUUCCCCAAGGUCUCCCGGAUUGGACCCACUGGGCUGUGCACCGGCUCGACUGGACACCGAAGGAGACGGUCUGGUAUGUGGAUGGAACCGAGGUAGCGACUAUUUCGUUCCAGACGCCGAGGGAUCCUAGCAAGGUCAUAUUGAAUGCUUGGAGCGAUGGUGGCGAGUGGAGCGGGAAUAUGACGGUUAAUGAGGCGGCGUAUUUGCAGAUUCAGUGGUUGGAGAUUGUGUAUAAUGCCACAGAUGAGAAUCCGGCGAAGAAGAGGAAAAGAAACGGCGGGACCGGGAUGCUGAGAGGGAGGGAUGGAGAUGAUGAUGAUGAUGAGAAGGAUGGGAGCUGUGAUGUGGUGUGCAGUAUUGAUGAGACGACGGAGAGGGGGAAGCCGGUGACGUUAUGGAAUAAUGGAGGGGUGAGGAUGGUCGGUGGAGGGUUGAUCACUUGGAUACCCUCUUUGACGGUUCUGGGUAUGCUUGCUUUGUCUUCUGGGUGGUUGUGGUAGAGAGACCGGGUGUAAGUGGAUUUGUUACAUACAAUGGCGUUAGGAGGGUGAGGUUUGGCUGUACAUAAACAUGUUUAUGAUGUUUUAUCCUUAAGUGAUUCCAGUGGUGAGGGUGUCUGAAGGUUUGAUCAUGAAGAGGGCGGUA